CAUACCACCCAAGAAUUUUUGAUAACUUGUGACAUUGUAUCCGGCACUUAUUCAGUUAUUCAUGUAGUUUUGCGUUCGACAAGCUCCAAAACCAGAAUUGUGAAAUGGCCAUUAGGGUUCUAACGAGAACCACAGUUACACGCUUCACAAGCAUUUUAACCGCCAAGCAAAUCCCAAAUUUCCCAAACCAAAAGUCCCAAUCUUUUUCCACAAACCCAGCAAAACCCAGAUUUACCCACCAAUCCCAGUACCGGAAACAGAUUUCCCUCGCCACUCUGCUCCAAAGGUACGGCUUCCCAUCUUCUCUGCUCCACAAUUUCCUCUCAAAGCAUCAAUUUUUAUUGAAUUCCAACUUACAGGAAUUAGAGAAGUCUCUGGCUAUACUUUUAUCCUUCAAAAUCCCUCAGAAAUCCCUUGUUUCUUUGAUUUGUGACUGCCCUGGGGUUUUGGAUUUUCAGUUUCUGAAGAAAUGGGAAAAGGGUUUUUCAAAUUUGGGGAUUUUGAGUGCUUCCCCAUUGAUGGUUAGGAGUGUUUUGGAACAAUCUAAGAGGUUUCAGAUUGACCCAGAUGGGGUUUUUAGGAGUGUGGAGGUUUUGAGGGGUUUAGGGUUUAUGGAUGGCACGGUUAUUAAGGUUUUAGAGGGGUUUCCAGGAGUGAUUUUGAUGAAUGGGAGGGAGAUUCAACGGAGAAUCGAAUUCUUGGAGGGAAUUGGAAUUUUGAGGGAUGAAAUUAAUUGGGUUCUAAAAUAUUUUCCUGGGGUUAUAGGAUUUGGGGUUGAAGAUAGGCUGAAGCCAUUGCUGUGUGAGUUUAAAGGUUUCGGUUUUAGCGAGGAUGUGAUUAGGACAGAGAUAAUGAAAGAGCCGCGAAUUCUUGGCAUGGAAUUGGGCGAAUUUUCGCAGUGUGUGGAAUUCUUGAGGACUUUGAAGUGUAGGGUACCAAUCAAGGAGAAGAUUUUCAGUGAGGGAGAAUUUAGAGCUGGGUUUGAAGUGAAGUUGAGAGUUGACUGCUUGUGCGGAUACGGGUUGAUUCGUAGAGAGGCUUUUGAGGUGUUGUGGAAGGAACCGAGGUCAAUUAUAUUUAAGGUGGGGGAAAUUGAGAGGAAGAUUGAGUUUUUAAUACAAAGGAUGAAAUUCAGUACCCGUUGUUUGGUUGAAGUUCCACAGUAUUUGGGUGUGAAUUUUGAGAAGCAGAUCAUUCCUCGGUACAAUGUGAUCGAGUAUUUGAGAUCUAAAGGCGGGCUUGGUUAUGAGGUGGGGUUAAGGGGUUUGAUCAGGCCUAGCAGGCUUAGAUUCUAUAACCUGUACGUCAAGCCAUAUCCGGACUGUGAAAAAAUGUUUGGGAGAUUUUCAGGAGAUGUUAAAGUUCAAAGCCGACAUCCUGCUGGACUAUGGAAGCUUUUCAAGCCACAAAAGUAUCCAGAAUCCAAGGAAGAUGUGACGAACACAAAGCUAUUUAUGAAAUCUCUGGGUUAGAGUUGCACCGUUUUUGAGCCAUUUGUACUCUGAAUGCAUGGAAAAAUGGUUGGUGGCAUGAAGUUAUUUGGUGCAUGGUAGACAUAGUCAUGGUAUAAACUCGACUUUUGGCACUUUGCCUUUUACGCUGCCUGCAGAAAGUUUUAAGAAAGCUUAAAGAUUUGCAUUGCUAACGGAGUUGGCAGUGUCCAUCCAUUGUACUCCAUUCUUUAUUGAAUUGAAGAAAAGUGGCAGUGAUUUUUACAUAUGCCGGGAGUUGGAUGAACGAACGAUUGCAAUAUCUUUGGCAGAAAGAUUAUACAACGUAAAAGUGAACUUAAGGGCCAGGGAUUCCUUUGGAUCCUGUUUGUUGUGGAACCUAGAAUCGAUGCCUGUCUACCCUCUGCUUCUUCUUUAAGUGUAUCUCGUGUUCUGAUAUCUGCUUGUUGCAAAUAACUUCGAGUCAGCAUGGACUUCUCUGAUUCCUAUUGAUUGCAUUACCUCGUCAUCAUUCAUCUGCGACUUAUUUUACGCUCUUACUUAUCAUGUGUUCUGCAUUCAAGGCGAUACAGAAUGAAGAAGCUGGUUCAGACAACAAAUUGAAUGUUCAUUUAUACAAGCAGCAGAUUGAUCACUUAUACAAGCUCAAUCAACACUAUUGGAUUUGGCUACCGUGGUUGGCUUCCGGAGGUCCACGAAUCUUGAGGGGAUAUCGGGAAGACAACUUGUGCAACAACUUUGAUGUUCAGUGUAAAACACGUCUUGAAAACCUUGCUUCGGGCGAGGACUGCAAAUGGGGGGUUCAAGGGAAAUGAACAAAACAACAUCAAGGACAAGCAGAUGUUCAGAGCUUGCCGAUGGAAUGGUUGAAUCGGCUAUUGUUUCCGCGGAUUCAUUUCUUCCGCAGAUGGAUACUGAUCGUGUAUGGAAUAUCUUGUAUUAAUUUCUGCUUCGAAACUAUUACACAUUUUGCAUUUGUACUUACGGAAAAUGUAGGCUUGUUUGAAAGUGCUUUUAAAAUUACAGAAAGCACAUUUAGAGUAAAUAUUUUUGAGUUCGAA